AUGGAUACGACAUACAAGACAAACAAAUAUCGUCUUCCGUUGCUUGAGAUCGUUGGAGUCACGUCCACUGGUUUGACAUUUACAGUCGCUUUUGCAUUGCUUUCAAGUGAACGCCAAAAUAAUUUCACUUGGGCAUUGGAAAUGUUUAGACGAUUACUAUUGACAACAGAGGGCGGUCCACGAGUUGUUGUCACUGAUAGAGACAUUGCUUUGAUAAAUGCCAUUACCAAUGUCUUCCCUGAUUCAUAUCGUAUGCUUUNUACAUUCCACAUUAUGAAGAAUGUGAAAGCGAAAUGCAAGAUGUUAGUGGAUAAUGCUGAGGCAUGGGAUGGGUUGAUGGAACUAUGGCAAAAUGUGAUGGAUUGUGACGACCAGUCCAAGUUUGGUGGUUAUGUUUAUCGUUUUGAGUAUGCCUGUGCUGCGUGGCCUUUAUUUUUUGAUUAUGUCAACCGUACUUGGAUCAUGCAGUAUAAGACAUGCUUCGUCAAGGCGUGGACAAACAGAGUCAUGCAUCUAGGCAACACUACAACAAACAGUAUUAAUGUGUUUAGUCACAGGGUUGAGUCUGCGCACUGGAACCUGAAGAGAUUAUUGGGAUCUAGUAUGGGAGACCUAUGCUCGUGUUGGGAUUCUAUGCAUAAUGUCAUUGUCCUACAGCAUAAUAAGAUCAUAGCGUCCUUUGAAAAAAGUAUUAACUUAAAGAGUGAUGCUUAUAAAGCACUGAGAUAUAAAAGACUUGUUGGACGUGUUUCACGAUACGCUCUUGAACUUAUUGCUGAUGAAGUAGAGCGAGUGAAUAAAAUAGGUUUGGACAGUGGUCGUUGUGGAUGCAUUUUGAGCUCAACGUAUGGCCUACCAUGUGCUUGUAUUUUAGCACGAUAUGAGCCUGAAAUGAUUCCUAUUGGUGAAAUACAUGUUAUCUGGACCCGUUUAAGCAUUUCAAGAACUGUGUCUACUGAAUCACUUCCAGAGUUUAGCCUUGAUCGUGAAGUUAAACUGGUACAGGAACGAUUCAAAAAUGUUGACAUUGGUGAAAAAGUCAACAUAAGACAUAAGAUGCUAGAAAUUGUUUGCCUAGAGAUGACAUCUAUGCUUGCUCCGGCGCAUAAAGUGAAGACAAAAGGUGCACAAAAGACUAAAGUUGCACGGCAUGAGAGGUCUACGAAACGUGACCCAUCAUAUUUUGAGCACGUUGACACUUUUAUUUUCAGGACAGAGCCUUCUUCUUCACAAAAAUCUCAAGUCAAAUCGAAGCCGAAAGAAUUUGCGCGAAGUGAUGUACCAUUCUUAAAUCAAUUUCAUCUGAUUUGUCAACCAUACAUUGUCGAUGUUGUUGAUGUUGUUGCCGAUGGUCAUUGCGGUUAUCGAUGCAUUGCUACUUUGUUGGGUCUUGGUGAAGAGGCAUGGCCUACUAUCCGACAUAACCUUUAUGAAGAACUAACUCAGUGGCGUGAUGAAUACGCAAAUUUAGUAGGAAGCUACGAUUGA